GCCAAGACUCACGGGAGGUAAGGGCGCUCUGAGUCGGGCUGGAAGCUGAAUCCUGGAAGUGACAGCGCACGUGCAAGCGCGCGCGACGUCCAUCCCUCGCCAGGAGAUGUGCGACCGUCUCGGGACGGAGCGAGCGUGCACAGCCCCAAGUUUCCUCUGUCAGUGGGCAUCGCGCCGCGCCACAUCGCCGUCCAUCGCGUGCCCAUUCUGGCCCAGUUGUGUUCCUUCCUUUCGUUUGUGACUCAGCGAAAUCCGUCGACUCGAACUCACUGUCCGUCUCCGGCCCCCGCGGACCGCCGGGGCGCAAUACCCACCUCAUUGAAGCGUAGCGCACCGCAUGCGAGUGCGGCGCCGGUAGCCAUGGCGACCCAGGGCGGUGGGGCCGCCGCCGCAGGGCGCUGCGCCGGCGGCGACGGGGGUGCGGGCGGCGCGGGCGAGAAGGACGGCGGCAGGGACGGCAGCCUGCCGGCCGAGCCGCGGCCCGCCGACCCCCGCAGGGAGGGGGAGGACGGCGACGCCUCCGGAGACGGCGGCGGGGCGGGCGACGACGCUCCCGAGGGCGAGGACGACGACGCGGCCAUCGAGGAGAUCGAGUGGGAGGAGAUGUACGCCUGCCCCCUGCUCGUGCGCUUCACGCAGGAGAAGGUCCACCCCUUCUUCUACCGGCGCGGCCCGAUCGUGAACGUGGUGCCCAAGAUCCGAGCCGUGCCGAGAGGCCCGGACUCCGACGGGGAGUGCGACGACGUCAUCGAGCUGGUGGCGCCCUUCCCCAACAUCCACUGCCUGCAGAAGGGCGAGGAGCUGUGGACCCUCGACAAUCGCCGCCUCUACGCGCUGCAGCUGGCCGCCAUGGAGCAGUGGCCCCAGCAGUGCUGUGUGCGAAUCAUGGUGGUGGACAAGCUGCCCCGGCACAAGUUCAAGUCGCAGUACAGGAAGUUUAACACCACAUCUGAGGGGCGCACCAUCGACGUGUCCGCCAGGUACCAGACCUUUGACACCUGGAACUGGUUCGACCGGGCGGUCGAGCUCGAGGCCGACGAGUUCUCGCAGCGCGUGGGCACCAUGCUGUCUUGUUUUGAGGCGCUCCCCGUGCUCUGCGCCCUCCUGUUCCGCACCGGCCUCACCGGCUUCUCGUCGCGGGCCCCGUUCGUCGUGGGCUUCCUGGCGGCCUUCGCCGCGGACCUGCUGCGGCAGAACUGCCCCGCGCUCGAGCGAUCCGUCAGCAGGCUCCACGUGCGCGCCGUGAUGGAGGGCGAGGUGCGCCAGCUGAGCCCCUGCCUGCACCGGCUCAGGUCGUGGUGGGACGACGGCGGUUGCGCUGCCGGCGAUGCGGGCGCGAGCGUCGUCUCCAUGGCGCAGCUCGCCGCGAUGAUGGCGCUGGCACUCGGCCUUAUCCUCCCUUACAUAUUUGGUAUCACGAACGACCGCGUGCGGUCGUCGCUCACCUCGUGCUGGCUGGGCGUCGCGUGCGUGCUCGCCGUUCAGCUUGUGACCCUGCUCCGAAAUGGUGCCCUCUCGACGCCCAGUUUUGGAUCGGGCGCGGGGAGCAAGCUCUCGCCCAAGCAUCGUGACUAAAGCGAUCUGGGCCGCAAUGCGGCCCAGGGGCGGAAAGUGUUUUUCCUAAAGUGCGUGUUCAUGUCUCACGGAAAACAUCUCGAGGUCCUCGCCGUCGGUCGCGUGAAUGUGUUCUUGGCUGGACAGCGGGCCGGACUGCAGGCUGGUCGGCUGGAUGAGCGUGUGGCAGGCAGGUCUGCCAGCUGGUCGCUUGGCCAGUGGGUUGUUCGGCUGGCUGUCCGUUGGCUGGUGGCUGGCUGCUUUGAUGGCGGGUUGACUGUCUCGUUGGCCCGUUUGAGGGUCGGCUGGUUCACCG